AUGGUGCGAGAGGACGCAGGAGUCGGCUUUGUCGUUGGCAACGUGGUGGGUUCCGAGGGCAGCCAGUCUGCGUCAGGACGAGCCCGGGCCGGUCACCUCAUGUACAGCCUCAGCUCGAUUCAGCCCACGGAACCCGACGCGGCCUUCGACCUGGACAGAGGAACCGGAUCCCUCGUAGUGACCAGGGCCCUCGACAGGGAGCAGUGCUCCGAGUACAGGCUCGAAGUCAGAGCUCUCGACACCAGCACCACCAUCAACCACCAGAGCAGCGCCGUCAUCGUCAAAGUCGAGGUGACCGACGUCAACGAUAACCCUCCUGUCUGGAGCAAGGACGUUCUGCACCUAGAGCUCCAAGAGGAUGUCUCAGUCGGCACAGCCGUGUUUAACUUUGUGGCCACUGAUACUGACUCAUCCCCCAACGGAGACAUACACUACACUUUGAUAAAAUCACACCCAGUUGAAGUCUUCUCGGUUGAUGCACUCACAGGAACCUUAUCCGUCAGCAAACCUCUGGAUUAUGAAGAAAUCUCAGAGUAUACCAUAGUUGUUCGUGCUACAGAUCAAGCGCUUAAUGAAUCCGAACGCCUUAGCUCCACCAUAACUGCGAGGAUCAAAAUCCGCGACGUAAACGACAACAGACCAGUGUUCAUUUCACCAAUGGUCAGAAGUAUUUUUGCGAAAGAAGGUUCAGAACUGGGAGAUCCUCUAUGUCAAGUAAUGGCCGUCGACAGAGAUUCUGCAGAAUUCGGACGUGUAACUUACGUUUUGACUUCUGGGAACGAUGAAGGCAGGUUCAACCUAAACUUCGAGACUGGUCUCCUGAGCGUUGCAGGGUCGCUUGACCCCGCGGCUCGAAGCGUACUCAACAUCACUGCCAGCGAUCAAGGCUCUCCUCCUCUUCAGGGCUCCAUGUCGCUGGUCAUAGCUGUCCGCGGGGCGACUGAGUCACCUCCAGCAUUCUCGAGCAGAUACUACAGUGCCAAUGUGUCAGAGGAUGCCUCCAUUGGUACCUUCAUAACACGACUUCAAGCUAAAUCGCCCAUCAGUGGAGGGAGCAACGGCCUGAUCUACACUUCCAGCUCGGACAAGUUCAUCGUGGAUCCCAUCACAGGAGUGGUGACCCUCGGUGGUGUCCUGGACCGGGAGACGGUACCUCACUACGACGUUGCCUUUUACGUCGCAGAAGGAGAACGCUACGACACAACUAUCCUCUCAGUUACUGUCAUCGAUGCCAACGACCACGCACCUCGCUUUCCCGCUUGCUACCCUCUAGGUGUUCCAGAGAACUCCGAUUUCGGGGUCAUCCAUCGUUUCCAGGCACAUGAUCGGGAUACAGGCGCCAAUGCAGACAUUACUUAUACCAUCACAGGCGGAAACACCGGCAACAGGUUUAGUUUGGACGUCCACACCGGAGAGCUGAGCGCACGGCCCUUGGACCGGGAAGCCCAGAGCAGCUACCGCCUCACCGUGACGGCCUCCGACGGUGGGUCCCCUCCACUCUCUUCCUCUUGUAACUUCUCGGUGAGAGUCCAAGAUGAGAACGACAACCCUCCAGUCUUCAGCGAGCCGAGUUACCGGGGCCGGGUGAGGGAGGAUGCUCCUUUGGGAAGCUUGGUCCUCAACGUCAGCGCUACCGACAGGGACCAAGGUGACAACGCUAAGCUCUCGUACUCCUUGGCCAACGAGUCUCAGGCCUUCUUUAGGAUAGACCAGAACACAGGGCUCAUCUACACCGCCGGGUUGUUUGAUCGUGAACAACAGAACAUCUAUCACUUCCAGGUAGUGGCAACUGAUAAUGGACGAUAUGAUGCUAGAUCCGAAAAAGUCUCUGUAGAAGUACGCGUGGAAGAUGUCAAUGACAACAAACCUGAAUUUUCUAGAUAUCCAUUCACAGCCCAAGUUCCAUCUUAUGUGCCAUCAGGAAAAGAACUCCUCAAGGUGACAGCCACCGACGCCGAUGAGGGAACCAAUUCUGACAUCGUAUUCAGCUUCUUGAAUGAACCCCCUAACAACAAAUUCCGUAUGGAUCCAAAGACUGGAGUGGUCACUGCAACUUCAAGCCUUGCAAUGGAAAAUGGGCGACUGUACCAUUUGGAAGUUCUUGCAACUGACAGGGGUAACCCACCUCAAAGUGCAUCAGGGCUUAUCGAAAUCCGGGUAGGAGAAGGACCAGAGGGAGCUCCUACCCUUCGAUUUCAAAACACCAGUUAUGCAGCAUACAUGCAAGAAAAUUCCCCAGUUGGCACAGAAGUUCUUCAGGUUUCAGCAGUUCGUUCUGACGGUCGAAGGCAACAAAUUAGGUACAGCCUUGUGUCAGGCAAUGAAGGAAGGAGAUUUGAGAUAAAUCCAAGUACUGGUCUUAUCCGCGUAUCGUCUAGUUCAGAAUUGGAUUAUGAAGCUGGUACUCCAAUCAGUUUAACCGUUGAAGCGACAGCCGAUAGUCCUUUUGGAUCACCUCUCUAUGGCUAUACAACUGUGCUCGUUCACUUGACAGAUCAGAAUGACAACUCACCGAAAUUCACUCAGUCAAUUUACUCAACUACUGUAUGGGAAGGAAAUAACAAAGGAACUUUUGUAAUGCAGGUAUCCGCUACAGAUCUAGAUACAGGACCGAAUUCUCAAUUGUUGUAUCAUAUUGUGGAUGGGAACCACGAUAAUGCAUUUAUUAUUGAACCACCCUCAUCAGGAAUUGUGAAAAUGAAUAUUGUACUUGAUCGAGAAAUACGUGAUUCUUACCGCCUCACUGUGAUAGCUACUGAUGAAGGUGUGCCACAAUUAACUGGAACUUCAACUAUCCUUAUCAACAUUGUAGACAUAAAUGAUAACCAACCAAAUUUUCCUCCUCAUAGUGUCAUCACUGUCAAUGAAGGAAAGGAAGUGGGUAGUGUCUUGACCUCCAUCACAGCCAACGAUGUGGACACUAAUCCAGCUUUAACAUAUAAUUUAUCUGACCCAGAAGAUGGAAAAUUCAGUAUAGAUCGUUUUAGCGGAAGAGUAACUUUAUGCCACCAAUUAGAUUAUGAGUCAGUAAAGGAAUACCGCUUAGGAAUUACAGCAUCUGAUACAGCCCACACUGCACAUACUAUCCUCACGGUUAUCGUAACUGACAGUAAUGACAAUCCUCCCGUGUUCAGCCAGCCAAAUUAUCAUGCAACUCUCCUAUCAGAUGUAGGAGACAGCCUCUAUACGGUAUUGACAGUUAGUGCAACUGAUGAAGAUUCUGAAAAGAAUAAUAAAAUCACUUAUUCUCUUGUCGGUAACACUCCAGGCUUUAUGAUAGAUGACAAAACAGGAGCAUUACUGUUGAACCGAUCUGCAAUCAUCGUCCCGACUACCGUGCCAAAAGUCAUUGACUUAACAGUCAUGGCAACAGAUUCUGGUAAACCUCCUUUGUCUUCAACUGCUGCAGUGAGAAUCAGUGUCGGUACUGGUGGAAGUAGCAAAGCUGCCUUCUCUCAAAGAGAAUAUAGAAUAACUGCCAAAGAAGACACCAAUAUAGGAACAUCUCUAAUAAAAUUAUCCAGUCAGUCAACUAGUGAAUUAUUUUGGGCUCAAUACAGUAUUAUUGAUGGCAACAGCGAUCAUACUUUCCAUGUCAUGGGACCAAAUGGCGAUCUUGUCCUGGUAAAACCUUUGGAUAGAGAACAACGAGACCAUUAUACAUUGAAGGUGGUUCAGGGUGCAGAUAAUUCAUCAGCAGUAUCAGUUUACAUUGCGGUUGAAGAUGUCAAUGACAACCCGCCUCAAUUCCAUAUGGUGAAAGAUUCAGUUUCCAUUCCAGAAGAUGUACCCAUUGGACACUCUAUUGCUCAUCUCAAAGGAAAUGACAAUGAUCUUCCUCCCAAUUCUGACAUCAUUUUCGAUAUUCUAUCUGGGAAUGAUGAAGAUAUUUUCAAAAUUGAUCCAGAUUCAGGUAUUGUUAAAGUAAAGAACAAAUUAGACUACGAUAAGGGAUUGUCAGAAUACUUUCUUGUUUUAAGUGCAACUGACUGUGCAAAACCACCAGAACACUCAUUAUUGGCAAUUUCACAUUUGAAAAUUAUUCUUGAGGAUGUAAAUGACAAUGCUCCACACUUCCCAGUAGCUGAGUAUCUGGAAUUUGUAGGAGAAAAUGAAGCGCUUGGAACAAAAGUAUUCACAGCGAGAGCUACUGAUAUGGACCGUGGAAUUUUCGGCCACCUCAACUACUCUAUUGAAACAACGUCAAUUUCAAGUUACAAUGGAGCAGAUGAGUCCUGGAAACUGUUCAGAAUAGAUAGUGUCACUGGAUUAGUUACUACCAACACAGUAUUUGAUUAUGAAUUGAGAAGUCGUUACGCUUUCACUAUCAUGGCGACUGAUUCAGGAGGAAGAAGCUCAAAAGUAAAAGUUCGAAUAGAAAUAGAAAGCAGAGAUGAAUUUUACCCACAAUUCACUGAAAGAACAUAUCGUUUUGUAGUUAGUGGAAACGACUUAUCUGUAGGAUAUGUUAUUGGUACAGUUGUUGCUACUGACAGAGAUAAAGGACCGGAUGGUAGGGUUGUUUAUCAACUCACAAAUCAACAUGCUUACUUCAAAGUAAACAGAACAACUGGAGCAGUUAUGAUAAAGAAGAAGAUUGAUAGCAAUUUAAACACAAAACAAGAUGUCAGCUUUGUAAUUAGAGCGAGUUCAGGGAGGCAGGAAUCUUUAACAAAUAUGACAGUGGUAGAAAUAAGUUUUGAUCCUCUAGCACACCAUGAAACAAAUUUGAUCAUUCCAGAAGAAGGUUCAAACAACACAGCCUUAGCAGCAGCCACAGGGAAGGUUGCAGACUGGGCUAUAGGACUCUUAAUCUCUCUUAUAAUAGUAAUUCUCUGUUUUGGAGCCGUGUUUUUAUUUUUGCAUGUCCGGAACCGCAGACAGAAGAAUGUAAAUAAACCUGGUUUGGAUUCAGGACAGACUGCUGAUAACUUUGUUGAUCCAAGUGCUUUUGAUACGAUACCUGUUCGGGGAGGUAUUCCUGGUCCAGCAAGUCAGUUUGGUCCACCAAAAUACGAAGAUCUUCCGACAUAUAGAAAUAAUAAAUCCACCAGCUCACAAUCUGGAGCUGCCACAACAUCUCAGAUAUCAGGCUCUGAUCAGUCUGGUUCUUCUGGUAGAGGUUCAGCAGAAGAUGGUGAUGAUGUAGAAGAUGAAGAAAUAAGAAUGAUAAAUGAAGGUAUUCAAAGGGAUGGUGGUUUGCACAGAACAUCUGAUGACAAUAUGUCUGAUGUCAGUGUACAUAAUACACAAGAAUAUCUAGCUAGGCUUGGAAUAGUCAACACUGAUGGAAACUCAGGUUCAAGAAGGAGAACAGAGAGUGUUGGAGGAGGUAGUAGUAAAGAUAUUAUGUUGAGGGCAGGAGUUCCAAUAGAUGGCCUAAGGAUGUUUGACGAAGAUGGUACAGCUGAGGCAGAUAUAACUAACCUGAUAUACGCCAAACUGACUGAUGGAAGUGACAGAGGCAGUAACACUGAAGAAGGGGGGGCAGGUGUGAUAGGGAUGAGCGCCUACCCGACCCACCAGCCCUCAAUGACUGGCUCCCUCAGCUCAAUCGUCCACAGCGAAGAGGAGCUAACAGGCAGUUACAACUGGGACUACCUCUUGGACUGGGGACCUCAGUACCAGCCCUUGGCUCACGUCUUUUCAGAAAUAGCUAGGUUAAAAGAAGAUGCAGCAUCUGUGAAGAGCGGGACUUCAGGAACGUCUAGUGGGAAAGGUAAACCCCCACUUUUGACAUCGGUAGCUCCCCGCUCAAUAGCUGCUCCAGUACUGUCUGGGAGACCGCCUCAUCAUCCACCACAUCAAGGACCAAAAAUCCAUUUGCUCCCUAGGUCCCCCAUAAACCAUGACAAUACUGGAGUCCUUUCCGCAGCAAUGUCACCAAGUUUUUCUCCUGCCCUUUCACCUUUGGCGACAUCUCCUUCCCUAUCGCCUAUCGUUACCCCAAGGCAUCCCACCUCUCACCAUGUUAGGCAGAGGACGACAGAUGCUGAACUCAGGAUAUAACACUCAAAUUAUUUUAAAAGACUUUUAUAAAAAUGUUUUCUGUGUAUAGUGUGAAUUAUUUAUUUCUGGACUCAGGCAUGUAGUGAAAUCGUUUUUAAUGUGCCAAUCAUAACCGAUCAUUUUUGAUUGAAAUGAAUAUUUUGUGAUGAAUGAUCAAAAGAAAUGAUAUUAGAGAAUCAUGUUAACUAUAUGUAUAUAUUUUAUAAAUAACACGCAAUUGUUUUUGUAUAUUGUGAUUAUGUCUUAUUAAAUAAGCGAAUCGAAAAUAAGUAUCGUAAAUAGUAUUUCGAUGUAAAUAUGUUUAAAGUGAUUAAUCAAAACUAAAUAGGAUAACAUAGAUGUAAUAUAUGCAUUAUAGAAAGACGUCUUAUAAAUGAGGUAAAUGAAGUGGCUAUGUAUGUAGAACCCAAUCUUAAAAAAGUUUAAUGUUACUUUCUGAAUAAAUUACAAUUUUCUACCAUUAAAUAUAAUUGAAAUUAUUUAGAUACUUACAUCUAGUACAUGAAAAUUUAGAGAAAUUAAAAUUAGAAAUUAAAUUAGAAAAGAAAAUUUUUAAAACAAUCAUAAGUGUGAAUCAAAAAUUGCCUAACAGAAUUGUUUCUGAAUAUUGUAAUUAUAUCCAAGUUUGCAUCAAUCAAAUAAUUGUGACCGUAUUAAUGCCAUUAAAAUUAGAAUACUUUCUGAUACCAUUAGUAGUAAUAGUAUGAAACUUGAACUUAUAAAGAAAAUUCAUGACAUUUCAUCCUGAAAAGAAUCAUGAGUUUAUAUUUUUUGAAAAGUUUCUCUGUGAUAUGAUUGUAUGUAUUAUUGCCUAGUACGAAGUGUUUUUUUUUUAAUCUGAAAGUAAUGAAACCUAACUCUAAGAUCAUUGUGUAUGAUCUUUUUAAUUUGUGCCAUCCAAAGAAUUGUUUAUGAUAGCCAUAUGGACAUUGCCAUUAAGUUGGGUCUCAUUUCCUCUCUUCGUGGAUCUUUUUUCCAAAAACAUAUUACAGAAUAUUUUGUAAAAAUGCUGUACAAAUUUAUAAGUUAAUGAUGUUUAUAAGUAGCUAUAGGUAAAUAAAUUUUAUAAUGAAAUA